GAAUUUGAAGCGAUGGCAAAGCGGACAAGCGGCAAGGGGUUUCAGGUGUUGCGGUCGCUGAUCAAGGACGUCGAGGUGCCGCCGCCGCUGAAGCCGCAUGAAGAAGCCUUGGUCAAGAAGAUCUUCGCGUCGUCCGUUUCUCAGCGCAUGAAGAGUCUGAGCAGCAGCGAACGCGCCGAAGACCUCCCAGCGUGGGACGGCCCCGAGAUUGCAUUUGCCGGCCGAUCGAACGUCGGCAAAUCCACCUUGAUCAAUGCGCUCACAUCGUCCACCAUCAUGAAGACGUCAAAGACACCAGGACGAACGCAGCAGCUGCAUUUCAUCUCCGUGGGCGGCCGCGCCGGGACUCGUCCAGAUCUGUCCCUCGUCGACAUGCCGGGCUUCGGGUUCGCCAACGCUCCCAAGAGCAUGGUCGACGACUUCCAUCGCCUCGUGGGGCGCUAUAUCAAGCACCGCACCAACGCCAACUUGAAGCGCGUGAUGUUACUCAUCGACAGUCGCCGCGGCAUCACGUCCGUGGACACGGACUUUAUGGAAUUCCUUGAGAACCUGGGCACGACGUUCCAGCUCGUGUUUACCAAGGUCGACACGUUGAACGCGAGCGGCGUCGAUAAGACGCUCAUGUCCGCGCAGGACUGCAUCCACAACUUCAUGAUGAUGCACCCCAUCACACACCUCGUUAGCUCCAAAGACAACAUUGGGAUGCGCGAACUGCGCAACGAGAUCGUGAGUGUCAGCGGACUCAUCUAUGGCCACACCAAAGCGCAACGAAGGGCCAUCCGCGAAUCACUAGACGACUUGAAAUACCCAACUGACCAGGACAAGCCGUAA